AUGCAGUCUGCCAGCAGUCGAAGUCCGAAAGAUGCCUUCGCCAGUAUGUACGAAUUCAGUUCAACCAGGCUGAAGAAAGAGACCCUCAACAAUCAAGAGUCUGUUCCCGAGAAUGGCAAACCUAGACCUGCUUUUGCAAACCAAAGAAUUCCCUUCAAUCCACAAACAGGCCCGAAGAAGCUGGUCGUCAAGAACUUGCGGGCCGCCACUCGCUUGGAUACUCGGGCGUACUUUGAAAAGACAUGGAGAGAGACUGACAAAGCUCUUGAUGCCAUAUUCAGAAACGAGAAGGACCCAUACUCCUUGGAAGAACUAUACAAAGGUGCGGAGCAUACCUGCCGGCACGGUCACAGUGCGGAUCUCUACGAGCACCUGAGUAGGAAAUGCGAGAUCAAUCUCAAUGAAAACGUCAGAGAUCGCAUCCGGCGGGAAGAGGCAAACUCCUCAGAUAUCGACGUUGUCCGAGCGUUUGUCAAUGCCUGGCAAAACUGGCAAAAGCAAUUGCAAACAGUUCGGCAGAUCUUCUUUUACAUGGAUCAGACCUAUUGCCUUCGUACUCCAGACAAGACGAGUGUCUUGCAAAUGGGUUUAAUCAAGUUUAGAUAUUCACUGUUUCUCGAUCCGUUCAUCAGACAAAAGACCCUCCAAGGUGUCAUCGCUUUGAUCGAUUCUGAUAGGAGAGGAAACCUCAAUGACAGCGACACUAGGCUCUUGCGUCAGUCGGUCGACGCGUUCCAUGAGCUGAGCAUCUACACAAGCGACCUUGAACCGAUUCUUCGCGAGACCACUGAAGAAUAUUUCAGGGCGUGGAGAGAUACGGAAUCCAACGGGGAUUCGCUGGGUGAUUAUGUCAACAACUGCACUGAUCUUCUGUCCCGGGAAAUGGCGAGAUGCGAUUUCUUGUCACUAGAGCGCAACACGAGAAUCUGGAUAUCACACCUCUUUGACCAGAUCCUCGUCGAAGAGGCGCUGGGGACGCUUACUAAAGAGGACGGCAUCUUGGAUCUUCUGGAAGACGAGAGAUCCGAGGAAUUGGAACGGCUUUACUCUUUGCUGCAACGCAAGAGACACGGAGGUUUAAUCGCGCCGACUUUUAGCAAAUACGUUGAGACGGAAGGAUCCUUGAUCGUCUUUGACGAGAAGAGGGAAUCCGAGAUGGUGAUUAGGCUGCUUGAUUUCAAACGGCGGCUUGAUCAUUAUCAGAAAUACUGCUUUCAUGGCAAUGAGGCACUGGGAAAUGCCCUUCACAAAGCCAUCGAGACGUUCAUCAACAAGACCAAGAAAUCACAAUCAAACUGGGAUACAGACAACGCCAAACCUGGAGAAAUGAUUGCGAAGCACGUCGAUCUUCUGCUCAAAGGUGGCGUGAAAGCCAUUCCCCGUCUCCAAGCGCACAAGCACGAUCCUUCCAAGCCCGAAGAAGAGCACGAUUUUGACGAUGCAGCUGCUGACGAAGAUGCCGAAAUCAACCAGCACCUCUCCGACGCAUUAGAUCUCUUUCGUUUCGUUCACGGUAAAGCCGUGUUCGAAGCCUUCUACAAGAAAGACUUAGCCCGCCGUUUACUCCUGGGUCGCAGCGCGUCGUUCGAUGCCGAACGAAAUAUGCUCACUCGCUUGAAAAAUGAGUGCGGCGCCGCAUUCACGCACAAUCUAGAAUCUAUGUUCAAAGACAUGGACCUAGCUCGCGAAGAGAUGAUGUCGUACAAUCACCUCCUAGAUGACCGUGGGGGCAGGGCUCCUGGUCUGCCGGACCUGCAUGUCAAUGUGCUCUCCGCAGCAGCCUGGCCGACUUACCCAGACGUGGCAGUGAACAUCCCCCCGCAUAUUGCCAAAGUCUUGUCAGAUUUUGAGGCGCACUACAAGGCCAAACAUUCUGGUCGCAAACUAACCUGGAAGCAUUCCCUGGCACACUGCCAACUACGCGCCAAGUUUCCCAAGGGAAACAAGGAGCUCAUGGUGUCAGGAUUCCAGGCCGUCGUGCUCCUGCUUUUUAACGACAUCCCAGCUGAUAAACACCUCACAUACAACGAGAUCAAAGCCGCCUCCGGCUUGGUUGAUGUCGAACUCAAGAGAACACUUCAGUCCCUUGCAUGCGCCAAGUAUCAGGUCCUCCGCAAACAUCCCAGGAGCCGCGACGUUAAUGAGACCGAUACAUUUACAUUCUCACAAUCCUUCUCUGACCAGAAGCUGCGCAUCAAAAUCAACCAGAUCCAACUCAAGGAGACCAAGGAGGAGAACAAGGAAACACACAUCAGAGUAGCGGCGGACAGGCAUUACGAGACCCAAGCAGCGAUUGUGAGGAUCAUGAAGAGCCGGAAGAAGAUUGGGCAUAACGAAUUGAUUGUUGAGGUUAUCAAAGCCACGAUGAGCAGGGGCGUGUUGGACCAGGCGGACAUUAAGCGGAACAUCGAGAAGUUGAUAGAGAAGGACUACAUGGAGAGGGAAGAGGGCAACACGUACUCCUACGUGGCGUGA